CGGAUGCCCAUGAACAUCGAGGCCCCAACAAAGCUGGCCGUGGGCAGAGUGAGGUUCUUCGGUCAACACCGCGGGGAGGUCAACUGCUCUGCCUUCUCCCCUGAUGGCCAGACCCUGCUCACAGCCGCAGAUGACGGCUGUGUGUAUGUAUGGGAGACCAGGAGCAGGCGGUUGCUGUGGAGAAUGGCAGGCCACAGAGGCCCAGUCAAGGUCUGCCGCUUCUCCCCUGAUGGCCGCCUGGUUGCCAGCUCCUCCUGUGACCACACUGUUCGUCUGUGGGAUGUGACAAGAUUCAAGUGUUUGCAUGUGCUGAGAGGUCACCAGCGGAGUGUGGAGACAGUCAGCUUCAGCCCUGACUCAAGGCAGCUGGCAUCAGGUGGCUGGGACAGGCGGGUCAUUCUCUGGGAGGUACAGUCUGGCCACAAUGUUCGCCUCUUGGAUGGGCAUCGUGAUUCUGUGCAGAGCAGUGACUUCUCCCCCACUACAAACGCUUUGGCCACUGGCUCCUGGGACUCAACUGUGCACAUCUGGGACCUGCGGGUGGCAACCGCAGCUGUCUCCUACCAGGUGUUGGAGGGCCACACUGGCAACAUCAGCUGCUUAUGCUACUCAGCAUCUGGCCUCUUGGCAUCUGGCUCCUGGGACAAGACCAUCCGCAUCUGGAAGCCCACAACCAGCAGCCUUCUUUUCCAGCUCAAGGGACACACCACCUGGGUGAAAAGCCUAGCCUUUUCUCCCGACGAGCUGAGGCUAGCCAGUGCUGGUUACUCCCGCACAGUCAAAGUUUGGGACUGCAACACAGGAGAAUGCUUGGAGACCCUAAAGGGCCUGCUGGAUGUGGCCCACGCUUGUGUCUUCACCCCCGACGGCAAACUCUUAGUGUCAGGGGCUGCUGGUACGGCAACAUGA